AUCUCUAAAAACGUGCUAAGUUUCUCUCUCUUCAACCGACCCCUUUUGCUCCCCUUUAUCAUUUUUGGUUGUUUUUAAAGUUUAGUUUUGAUGGCCAAAGACAGUGAGGAUCAGGAUAUGGAAGCCGAGUCCAAUGGGGCGAUUGAGGGGCUGAACGCCACGUCGGCGGUCACAGGCCUGCCACAGAAGCGCUUCUAUCGGCAACGCGCUCACUCGAAUCCCAUAGCGGAUCACAGUUUUGACUACCCUGCUCGUCCGGAGGAUGUGAACUGGCGUGCACUGUAUCCCAGCAUCCAGCCGGAUCAGAAAGUAACCUUUGCAGACAUUGGAUGCGGCUAUGGAGGAUUCCUAGUCACCUUGGGCGAAAUGUUCCCCGAUAAAUUCUCCAUUGGCAUGGAAAUCCGGGUAAAAGUAUCCGACUACGUGAUGGAUAGGAUUACGGCACUGAGGCACAAGAGCGGAGAGGCGGGCGCUUAUAAGAACAUUGCCUGUAUCCGCACCAAUGCCAUGAAAUAUCUGCCAAACUACUUUGCCAAGGGUCAGCUGGAGAAGAUGUUCUUUCUGUAUCCCGAUCCGCAUUUCAAGCGUGCCAAGCACAAGUGGCGCAUCAUCAACCAGGCUUUGCUUUCGGAGUACGCCUAUGUCCUGAAAAAGGGAGGUCUGGUUUACACUAUGACUGAUGUUGAGGAUCUACACCAGUGGAUAGUCCAACACAUGGAGGAGCAUCCUUUGUACGAACGCCUGAAAGACGAGGAUGAGAAAUCAGACCCCAUCACCCCGAAACUCUACCAGAGCAGUGAGGAGGGCGCCAAGGUGGUGCGCAACAAAGGUGAUCACUUCCUGGCCAUUUUCCGUCGGCUCUAGACUCGUAUCGCUCAGCGGUUUAUUCGUUAUAAAUAAAUAUAAACAAUAAUUUUAACGUA